AUCACUUCGUUCACAUAACCUGAGGAGCAGGGCGAAACAGCGCGCGAUGGGAACGGCGGUUGCAGGAAUAUUCGUAGCCUUGCUGUUAAGCUCAACUCUCGCAUCACCCUACAAGAGGGCAGAAGUUGGCAGGACACAUACUGUAAAUAAUUUUGUAGGAGAAGGUACCAAUGAACUUGCCACAGCAAUCCUACAGGGGUACGUGGAUUUGGAAUCAAACUUAGCCUUCUCUCCGUUGGGGUACUCAGCUCUGCUCGCUGUCCUGGCGGAGGGUGCACGUGGAGGUACUAGACAACAGAUCGCCAAUGCCCUACACUUGCCCGAAAGAACCGAGGUUACCAGAAACGCCUACAAAACCGUACUGGAGCGUCUACACGAAAAGGAUUCGGUAAGCCAUCCAGAAUUCCGGAAUUGGUUCUACAUCUACAAAAACUUUACUGUGGAGCCAGAUUUCAAGGCCGUUCUUCAGCAGUACUAUCUGACCGAGGUUAGAGAUGUGGAUCGCCUUGACAUGAACGCGGUCACGCAACAGGCAGAGGCUAUGGACGCGCCUGAAUCUGUCCAGGUUGUUGUUGAUGCCCCUGUACAGGAAGAAAGCAUGAACGAAAUGAAACCAGACAGACAAGAGAGUGACGAUUCAAUGACAUCCGAGAAGUUGAAAGACCCUAUUCUGCCUGAAGACGGAAAAGAAACAAUAAUUCCAGCAGAAAGUAAUGAAGGUGAUAACAUGUCAGAGAAGGUAGAGAACCCGAUGACCUCCUCUAAGUUGGAGGAAAUUAUGCAAGUAUCUGAAGAUGAUGUUGACACAAAACGAAAUAAAGGUGGCCCUUUGAAGAUUGUUUUCCCCAUUCCUUUCCCAGAGAAACUGAAAAUGCGGAAGAUGUAUGAUGAGAGGGAAGCUAGUCCUUCUGGUGCAGUCAUGACAAUGCAAGAAGAAAUGUUGGGAACGAAGGAAGAGAGCGCUGACGACAAGAAGAAAGAUGAGAGAAUAGAAGGAAUGAAACAUGAUAUGAUAGAUGAUGGAAAGAAAGAGGAAAUGAAAGAGAAGGAGUCACUGAUUGAGGACAAGCAAAUUGCAAAUGAUGAUAAGAAAAAAGAAAAAUUAUACGAAAUUAAGGAUGAAAUAAAACAUGACAAAAUUGAAGAAGAUAAAAACAUGGACGUUAAUAAAGAAGAGAAAAAAGACGAUAAAUUGGUGGAUAUGAAAUAUGAUAAAAUUGAGGCAAUGAAAGAUGAUAAAAUGGAAGCAAUGAAAGAUGACAAGGUGGAAGGAAUGAAAGAUGAUAAAAUGGAAGCAAUGAAAGAUGACAAAAUGGAAGCCAUGAAAGAUGACAAAAUGGAAGGAAUGAAAGAUGACAAAACGGAAGCAAUGAAAGUUGACAAGGUGGAAGGAAUAAAAGAUGAUAAAAUGGAAGCAAUAAAAGAUGACAAAAUGGAAGUAAUGAAAGAUGACAAGAUGGAAGCAAUGAAAGAUGACAAAAUGGAAGCAAUGAAAGAUGACAAGAUGGAAGGAAUGAAAGAAGACAAAAUGGAAGCAAUGAAAGAUAACAAGAUGGAAGGAAUAAAAGAUGAUAAAAUGGAAGCAAUAAAAGAUGACAAAAUGGAAGCAAUGAAAGAUGACAAGAUGGAAGGAAUGAAAGAUGAUAAAAUGGAAGCAAUAAAAGAAGAUAAAAUGGAAGCAAUGAAAGAUGAAAAGAUGGAAGCAAUGAAAGAUGACAAAAUGGAAGCAAUGAAAGAUGACAAGAUGGAAGGAAUGAAAGAAGACAAAAUGGAAGCAAUGAAAGAUAACAAGAUGGAAGGAAUAAAAGAUGAUAAAAUGGAAGCAAUAAAAGAUGACAAAAUGGAAGCAAUGAAAGAUGACAAGAUGGAAGGAAUGAAAGAUGAUAAAAUGGAAGCAAUAAAAGAAGAUAAAAUGGAAGCAAUGAAAGGUGAAAUGCUGAUAGAUGAAAAUAAAGAAAACGACAAGAAAGUUGAGACGCCUGAAGGAGUCAAAAAUGAAAUGAUAAAGGAUGACAGUAGGGAAGAAGAAAUCAUGACGAAAGGCAAGGAUAAAGAAAGCGAAGCCAUGAUGGCCGGAAACAAGAUGGUGGUAGCAGAAAGAAAAGCCAGGCAUCUCGGUUUGUCUCGACUGAGUCGUCGGUCUCUUCAGCCUGGUGACGUCAUAUCAAGCAUCUCCAGCAACAACAUCAAAAGCAAGCCUGUCUCUCAGCUGCUGAUAUUCAACGGUAUGUACUUCAAGGGGACCUGGGCUACGCCAUUCAGAGAUCAGAAGGAUUCAUUCUACAAGUCCGACAGCGAGAAGAGCACAGUCACUAUGAUGAACACAAAGGGCAAAUUCAGAGUGGGCAAUGUGCCCGAGCUGGACAGCGUGGCAAUUGAGUUGCCCUACAAGGGCGACAGGUACUCUCUGCUAGUUCUGAUUCCCAAUGGGAGGUCGGGCCUCAGUCAGCUGACUUCAGACCUCGCUGGCUAUUCCCUAACGAACAUACAGAAACACCUGCAGAUCCAGGAAGUUGAAGUGUGUCUGCCCAGGUUUGAGAUACAGACUACAACUAGACCGAUCGAGGCAUUAAACAAGUUUGGUGUGACCGAUAUCUUCAGCAAGGAGAAGGCAGAUCUGACGAGCAUCUCCAAAGAUUUGGGACUGUUUGUCGAGGAACUUGUUCAGCAUGUUACUGUCAAAGUUGACAACAGUACCAGCAGCUAUAACCACAUAUCGGCUGGGAAUCCUUCCGCCCGGUCAGGACUGUUGAAGCUGACUGUCGAUCAUCCAUUCCUUUAUUUCGUCCGGGACACUGAGGAGAGUCUUAUUAUUGUAGCCGGUAAAGUCACCGACCCGUCUUCUCUUCCUAAGAAAUUUUGAAGAUAACAAAGGAGAUAAAGGUGCCUGGGGAACAAAUGGUCGCAUUCCGUUCAUCACUCUAAGACGCUUACCGACGAAACAGAUUCUCUUCUCCCAGAGAUUAAUAACAAUGAACUACUACUGAUCGAAAGUUUUAACGCCCUUUAAGAAACAGAUUAAUUUUGCUGGAAAACGUAAUCAUCGUAAGAAUCUGUAACUUCAAGAAACUGAAUUUGUGUAGAUAACCUACAAUCCCAGACUCGAUUGUUGCAUCAGUGUCUACUGUAAUGUUAAAAGAGAGUGUUCAUUUUAUAUUUGGUCCCAGCACCUCAGACUUCCCGCACAGUAAUGGAGGCAUCACCGGGAUAUCGCCGAGAUCCGGUAAAAAGAUAAACUGUCCACGCGAUAUUUUAUUCCCUCAAGCAUGAUGUAAUAAUUAGGGAGACAUACAUAUAUUGGAAGAAUGUUGUUUCGAAGAUGAAAACUUGGAGAAAAGAUUACUGUGAAAACUGGGAACUAUAAACAUCCGAAGGGAUAACAACAACAAAAAAAGAGAAGUACAGUAAUAUACUUUGGUGUUCUGGUGAAUUUAUAUCAAGAUGUGAUUUAUCAUAAAUAAUUAUGAUGUGCUGUAUUAGGCAUAGUGUGCGAUUCAUAGUGUUUCAUUUGAAGCCUUUGAUUAAGAUAAAUUUCUAUGCGACGAACACUUCAGCUAACUGCAGAUAAAGUGUGUAAAGUCAGGAUAUUACAAAACUGCUGUCACCAUAAAGGAAUACAGUGACAAAGAGGCACUCUUUGGGGGGGGAUAGAAAAUAUUUAGCCAAGUUAGGUUAAAAAACACAUAAAUAUUUCAGAAAAAAUUAUACUAAAUUCUUAGUCUGCAUGAUAAUUUCGCAUCAAAUUUACAGUCCGCCAUUCCAAUGUCUCUCUUUUCAGUUCCGUGAAAUUAGCAUAGCCAUGCCAUGUAAUAAAAGGCUCAUGAAUUUAAAUUUGUAAAGAUAUAACUAAAUCAGUAUUUAUAAAUUAAAUUAAUUGUGUGACAUUUGAGGUUCUCUGGGGGGUUGUGAAUAACUUCAGGGAUGUGAGGCCGUAUAGUUUGGCAGAGAGGGACCAACGUACUUCUUCUAUCUUCUGAUUUGUGUUCGCUAGAUAGAUACCCAAAUGUUUCGAACGAAAAUGAUUCUACAUGGCGUCACAUCCACGGACAAUGUAUCUUAAAUACAUUUUGUACGAAACUGAAUUUACACAUGAAUGCAUUCUGUCUACAUGUGGUAAGAAAGAAGUUUAGUAAACGAAUUGAAACAGAGUAAACUUCAAAUAUGAAUUCGAACUCUGACAAUCAGGGAUUCGACAAAUACAAAUACUGAAAUUUUAUAAAUUAAUGAUAUAUUUAAAUAUUUUGUGUAUAAAACCAAGAGAGUUAGAAACACCAUGACAUAUAAUAUACGUAUAUAUAACUGGAGGGAAUAAAUUUCGACACUAAAAACAAAUGUGAUCUUCACGAGAUCACAAUAAUUGAGAAGAAUUUAUUUAAAAAAAAUGAGAGAGAAAUUGUACAAGUGACAACGUGAGAACAGGUUAGAGAUCACGAAGUCACGGUGUGACACUCUGAUAUGUUAUGCUGUUUAGUUUUACAGAUAGGUAUCAAAGUUUCGUAGGAGCUUGCUGUUUCCAUCUUAAGGGUUAGAAGCAGGUUCUUCCGAAACGUUUGCACUUAUUUAUCAAACCAUACAGUAUCACAUGUCACAAAAUGACAAUGGCAAGGGUGAAACUAAUUUAAAUUUCCAGGCUGAAAUAUAUAUAUUUUGUAAAUUAGGAAUCAUAACUUGUAACAAAACAACUGACUACUUUUGCAGCUGUAAGAAUGAGCUAUAGUACGCUGAGUACACUCCUAAAAUAUGAUGAUUAUAGAACACAAAUUCUUGCAAUAAAAUAUGUUUAUUAGAUAAUGUCAUUGUUGCUAAAAUGUGAUAAUUUAAAAUAUA